AUGGCCAUUUUCAUUUCAACGUUCUCUAACGCAAGUUAUCAAGUGCAUAUCCUUAAGACAAGGAAAGCAGAACAUAUAGAGACAAAUCGGGAGGCUACUUCUGCUUGUAUUGGAAGCAAAGUUUCUGGUAAUACUUUGAAAGUAGUUUCACCUCCUGAAGAAAUCAUUUAUUCCAUGUGUUAUUGA